AUGACAACUAUUAUUUCCGUGGUAUCGACUACCAUCGUCGCAUCGCCUUCGUCACAAGUUACGUGGGUACUACCGAUUACAGGCAGCUUCGGGCGGUGGUCAUCACAUAGUCCCUGGGGACCGAUUAUUACUAGCGGUGCUGGACCGUCCACAUCACAAGGCGAGGAAGUUACGAGUCAAGCUUCAGCAAAUGGGGAACAAACAAUACCUGCCGGCGCAUCAGCAACGACGUUCGCCGUCGCGAUAGAAACCACGGUUUCCAAGGAUGGCUCUGCUGUGGUGGUGACCAUUACUUCAACUUCAACAAGGACCCUCGAUGCUUCGACUACCUUACCUUUGACCACGACUUUCUUCCCGCCUUCGUUUUGUAGUGGCCGCUAUUACACCAAUAUUUACACCCAGACGCCCGAGAUAUCAAGCGGAGGAUAUGAUCGCCUAUAUGGUACUUGCUGGCCAUUCCUAACCAACACUCUGAGCCCGGGCAUGUGUGCGGGCUUCAUGACAUCAGUCAGUGUCCUUCUCCAUGAGGGCGUCUACACGGAUAUUUGCUGCCAGAGUGGCUUUCUCUGGGACUUUAGAGGCUGUUCGUCCUUGGUUUCGCUGGCGACGGAUGUUCUGGUAGCGCCUGCUGUCACCUCGGCCGAUACCCUGACUCGAGUUUCCAGCGUUGUAGCCACACACAUGGCCAUCGCCAUGAUCUGGCGGACUGAGGACUUGAGCCUUUUCCCCGAUGACGUGUCCUCUCGGCGUCGAGCACUUCAAGCGCAGGCGUCGUCUGUGAUGUCCAACUAUAAUAAUGAAGGAUCAUAUACGAAUGUUACUGGGGCUCUGUCCGCGAAUGCUACUGGGACUACAUCUACGAAUGCUGCUGGGGCUCCAUCGGGAGUGAGCCUGGAGGCUAGAAUAGGUAUAGGAGUUGGUUUGACUGUCGGAAUGCUAUUGUUAAUGAUAGCGGUGACCGCUUGGGUUUGGAAGGUCCGGCGAAGGAGAAGAACGGUCCUGUGGGCCCCUGAUGGCAAUGCGCAAGAGCUCGAUGCAUCGAGCUCUAUUUGGAAGCGGUAUCUCGGCGGCAAGUGGAGGGCGGAAAUGCAUCCUGAACGGCAGACAGCGGAACUGCCAGCUCACGACAAGCCUGCUGAACUGGACCACAACAGGCAGUCAAUGACGCAUAGUCCCGUGGAGCUGCCAGGAUCUAAUCAGUGGCAUGAGAUCACUAUCGGCACCGCCGGUGCUGGAGAGCGUGACGAUCAUGAAGGACUUGCUCAAGUUAAAAUGCCAAUAGUUACUUAG